GCUCUGCCCUCCAUCUCAGUGGAGAUUCCGCGCUCAAGUUCUUCACAUGCUGUUCAUUUAAAGGAAUAUGGACACUUUGUCUACAGUGUUGGCUGUAGCUUCGGUUUUCUCUCAAUUAACACCUGUAUCAACAUCUUGUCUACCUGGCUGCUCUUGCACAAAUGACAACUUGGGAAGAUCCUUACUUUGUAUGGAAACCCCCAUGGGACGAAUCCCAGACAAUGUUCCAAAUGAUUUCACAAAAAUUCGAAUAGAAAACUCCCAUCUGACUGAGUUACCACGCGGCUCCUUCUCUGAAGUUAGUGCCUUGGAGUCGCUAUGGUUGAAUUUCAAUGACAUCACCCUAAUGAACAUCAAGAGUCUCGAGGGGCUAGAGAAUCUAACCGAAUUGCGGCUACAGGGAAACAAGUUGCGUUCCAUCCCCUGGAUAGUGUUCCAGGACACGCCGAACUUGAAGAUUUUGGACCUGAAACACAACCGACUGGACGUGCUCCCAGAAUAUGCCCUGAAACAACUACCAAGCCUGACCUAUUUAGACUUCUCCUUCAAUAAGCUUACUGUCAUCUCCAGGGAUGUCUUUCUCAACUGGCCUCUCCUAAACACACAGGACAGAGAGGCCGGAAUAGAGGCCAACAGUGGAGUGACCAAUGUUGUUUUAGCCCUGCACGACAACCCCUGGCUCUGUGACUGCCGCCUCAAAGGUUUCAUGGAGUUCAUAAAAAACAUCAGCCCACCUCUGAUUCUGAUGAACUCAUACCUGAAGUGCAUUGGCCCGAGUUCCAAGGCAGGAAAGUUCUUCCAUGAGGUUGAUUUGAAAACAUGUAUGAAACCUGAGGCCUCUGCCCCAGAAACCAAUGUGACUGUGUCACUGGGGGACAAUGUAACACUCCAGUGUUUGGUCAAAGCCAGGCCUGAUCCAGCCAUCCAAUGGUCUUACAGCCUGAAGAUUGUAAGAGGAUUUAGCGUGUCAGAGACCCGUGUGGAUGAUGAGACCAUCCGAUCUCAGCUCGACAUCCCGUCCCUCCAUCUUGCAGACCGAGGACUCUACACCUGCUUAGCGAACAACUUCCUCGGCAGCUCCUCCGUCAGUGUCCAGGUCAACAUCAAGUCUUUGAAUGCCUCCUCUGACCACGCCGAUAUGUCCCUCCCCAAUCCUCCCCGGGCCUCAGUGGAUGAGAACGUCUACAUUGACAUCCGCAUCUCCAAGCAGACCGUCUACGGCAUCACUUUGGAGUGGUACGCUUUGACCGACAACCCUGCUGAGACCUGGUUCACCAUCCACUUUGGCAAAUUCGAUUCUGGGAAGAAGGAGUUGACGUAUAUCGGGCCAGGCGUCAACACCUACUCGGUCAGUAACCUGCUUCCCGUCACCAAGUACGAGGUUUGUGUGACGCUGAAGAACCAGACGCCCCGCUCGGGCCAGUGUGUCGUGUUCGUGACGGGAAGCGACGUCAGCCAGCUGGAACAACGGGAGAAGCUGAUCCACAUCAUAGUGGUAGUCUGCGCCAUGGUUCUGGCGGUACCGGCCGGGAUGUUUGCCUGCACCACUGACACCAGGUGUGGCUUCAGCUGCCUGGAACGCUGCCUGGAGCAGUGCAAGAGGAGGAGGCGGCAGGAGAAGAGCCUGGGAGAGAACAGGGAGAGACAAGGGACCUUUGACAGCCUACAAGCAGCCAGUGACGAAGGACUCUGUCGAGACUCUGAAGAGGUGGUUAUGAAGAGGAGCAAGUCCUCUGAGGACAGACACAACCACACCAGCAAAGCAUAUGACCAACCAGAGACAACCAUUGGAGCAAAGCUAUAUUAGCUGUAGUUGUGGCAAAAAUAAUAAAUAGAAACUGUAUAUUAUACCCGAUACAAUUAUCUAUAAUAAAAUGGUGCAGUGUGUAAAAUUAAGGUUUAGAAAAUACUUGUGUGAAGCUUCAAGUUAUCUUCCUAAGAGUGAAAUGCCUUUCUUCGAUGUCUGUUGGAAGACUACAUUGUCUUGUUUUAUUGAAAUCUAUUCAUAAAUAUUCUAUAAAAGUAUUCAUGCAUUUUCCUAUGAGUGUAAACUGUAUGCUGAAUAUUUGGGAUUUGUUUCUUUAGCACAGUGUUUCCUAACCCACCUCCCAGGCGCCCCCCUGUCCUGCAUGUUUUAGAUCUCUCCCUGUUCUGUCACACCUGACUCAAUUAUCAUUAUCAAGUCCUUCAUGAGCAGGUAUGUUACAGCAGGUAUGUUACAGCAGGUAUGUUACAGCAGGUAUGUUAGGGCAGGGAGCGAUCUAAAACAUGCAGGGCAGGGGGUGUCCAGGAGCAGGGUUGAGAAAAACUGAUGAUCGCUAACUAUUUUUAGAAUAAACAAAAAACAAACAAUCGUAACACACAAUACAUUUUCAUUCUGUUAUCGUUAUUUUCUGCAAAAUUGAAUUCAAUAAGUAUUUUCUUAAUUACUUAUCCGGCCCCGGAUAAGCGGAAGAAAAUGAUGAUGAUGAUGAAUUAAUUCCAAAUAAUACAUUUAAAUUCACUUGUUCAGUCAAAUAGAAAAAUAACCAUGAAAGUAACCAUGACUUUAUGUUUCCCCUCUUUUUUUAAUCAGGCUUCUUUGAUAUUUUGACUUGUAAUAAGGUGCCGGAUGGUGAGUUAGGCAUAACUAUGAUUAUUUGAAACUUCUAAUUGCUAUCUAAAUUUAUUCCAUUGGCCUCUAACCCUGUUACUUACAAACCUGUAGAAUCUGGGGAUUAGGAUUUCAAUGUUCUGGCAACUAUCCCAAAAUGAGCAGGCUGGAGAUUUCUGGAACCAUUAAGCAGGACUUGUGGAAAACCUGUGAGGAAAGCUGUGACAAUUCUGAAAACACAUAUACAUGUAUUUUGUAUCUUUCUCAUUAGUGUGUCUCAAAUUACACCGUAUACCCUAUAUAGUACACUAUUUUGAUUUUCUCUGUGUAGGAGGGCCCUACACAGAGAAUGGAAUGCCAUUAUGGAAACACUUAGAUUAUAAGUCUGUUUCUCAGAUUUUCACCCUGUCUCUCUGAGAAAAUACAGUAUCAUAUCUUAUAUCUAAACCAUAUUUCCCUGAGAGAAUAUAGCAUAAUAUUCACUUAGAUAUUAAGUAUCAUAUAUUAUAACUAAACCAUAUUUCCCUGAGAGAAUACAGCAUAAUAUCAUCUUAGAUCUUAAAUAGGUCGCUCAGAGAAAAUACAGUAUCUUCUUAGAUGUUAACCAUGUCUCUCUGAGUAAAUACAGCAUAAUAUCAUCUUAGAUCUUAAACAGGUCGCUCAGAGAAAAUACAGUAUCUUCUUAGAUGUUAACCAUGUCUCUCUGAGUAAAUACAGCAUAAUAUCAUCUUAGAUCUUAAACAGGUCGCUCAGAGAAAAUACUGAUGCCAAUGUAAUGAAAGCAAAAUGUAUAUCAUUCAAUAAAGUAAUGUAUCUUA